UCCGAGACGUCAGCAGACGUCAGAAUCAAAGAUGGUCAGACCCAGAGAUAUCAGAUGAUAUGGAGUUGGCGAUUGAAAACACAAGUGAUGAUGAGAUCCUGAUGUAAGGAGUGCCAAGUGAUCUCAGGCAAUGUUGAGACGAUUAUCCUCCGUACCUCCGAACGACGCAAGUGUCCCAAAGCUAUGGGUUGAAUGCCGAAAAAUAGAGAACGCCUAACUCAAUAUGCAACAUCCACAAGUAUCAUUGGACGGAGAUAAAGUACAUUUAGAACUAGAACAAUUGAAUAUUUUUCUUCUCGGAUCUAUCUAUUGCUCCUAGAAAUUAUACUAAUAUGAGUAACAUUACGUCAGAAAAGGUUCCAUUGCAAUCAGUCUUAAAACUCAACGAUAAUGAUGUUAAGGAAUUCAUCUGCGGCUGGGGCGCUGCGGUCAUCAAUGUCACCGUCACUUUUCCAAUUAAUAAAAUUAUAUUCAGACAGAUUUUGGAAGGAGUACCUGUGGGUGCUGCGGUCGGGCAAAUGUCGCGGGAGGGAGUACGCUUGCUGUAUCGUGGAAUUUUGCCGCCACUCUGCCAGAAGACUCUGUCUCUCAGUCUGAUGUUCAGCAUGUACGAAGGCUGCAAGCAUAGGCUCUGUCUGUUAACCGAGAACGUCGUGCUGGCCAAAAUCCUGGCGGCGAAUAUAGCCGGGACGAUGGAAGCUCUCCUCAUGCCGCUCGAGAGAGUGCAGACGCUGCUGCAGGAUUGGCGGUAUCACGACAAAUUCAAGAACACGCCCCACGCGUUCAGGUAUCUGCUGACAAAUCACGGAGUGACCGAGUGCUAUCGCGGUAUGGUUCCUAUCAUAUACAGAAACGGCUUGUCCAAUCUGAUGUUCUUCACGCUGCGGGAUCAAUCGAAGUUGUUGCUGGGCGAACAGGAGUCGUUGUUCACGAACUUUGUCAGCGGCGCCCUGAUCGGUGGCUUCACCAGCACGGUAUUCUAUCCGAUGAACGUAAUCAAGAUACACAUGCAGACCAAGAUAGGCGGCGACUUUGAGAAAUUCCUCGCUGUGACUCGCGAAGUGUACGUCGCCAGGAAUCGAAGCUUGACUUCCUUUUACCAGGGCGUGCACUUGAACUACAUGAGGUCCUUCAUCAGUUGGGGUGUGAUUAGCGCGUCGUAUGAUUUCUUGAAGAAUAUUAUUUUCUAGAUCGUUUAACAGGGCGAGAAAUGUAUCUUUAUUUUGAUUUAUUUAUGGAUCAUAUACAUUUCACGCCCUGCUGUACACGUUAGGUGUUUAAGGCGACAAUAGGGAAUUGUACUUUUUUUUUUAAAGAUAUAUGAAUGUUGCGGUCGCACAUUCUUCCUGCUAUGUAGGAAUGCACACGGGAAGAAAAGUCUAUUAUAUUAUAUAUAUGAAACUCUUUGUGUAAUGUUUUAAUAAGUAUUUUGAGAUAAUAUCAACUGACUGAUACAAAAAAGGAACAACUUGUUUUUGUUUUAAAUGAACAAGAGUAAUCAAGAAUAAGUUUCAAAGAAUACAAUCGUUUAUUCUUUGUUCAUGAAGAAAUUGUAUAAUUUAUAGAUAUAAAUAAGUGUAAUUAAUAUUUUUAUGAAAAUUCUUGAUAUCCUGAUAGUCUGCCUUUAUGAAUCUAAACUUUUACGCGUGUAAACAUAUAAACGCUUCGACAAUAUAUAAUUAAUGAGUCAGAGAAAAGUAUUAAACGAAUAAAUUUAAUACUUGUGAUAGACAAUUUGUUUUUAGUCGUGCUAUCAUGGUUUUAGUUAUCUAUUAUUCCAUAAAUUGUAUAUAAUCAAAUUGUGCUGAAAUAUACCCUUUUAAAGUUUUUUAAGUUAUAAAAUGUUUAAAAGCAUGUUUUGGGAUUUGGCAGCGCGAUUUAUAACAAUAUAUGUGAUAUAAUAUCGUGUCACAAAAUAUUUGAGUCAUUAAAAGACUUGAAAAAAUAUUUAAUAUUACUAUAAUAUAGACUAUUUAUACAUAUGUGAUAUUACAUAAUGUAAAAAUAUGU